AUGGCACUAGCAGGACUUCCGGCGUCUCUCCCAACAGACACCAGGUUCUCAGCCCGCUGCUCAGUCUACGCAGAUGACGUGGCACUCUGGGUCCGGGGACCAAGGCGGUCCAUCCCAGCCAUCAGGAGAUCACUGCAGGCGGCUCUCGAUGCAGUGAUAACCUACCUCGGAGGCAUCGGGCUUAAGGUCUCUGCCACCAAGACCGAGGCCCUGCUGAUUCACCCGCUGGCGGCAGCUCGCACCCACGUGAGAUGGCUGAGGGUUGGCAACCGCAGCCUGCCUUGGAGGCUGGUGGUGAAGUACCUGGGGCUCACGAUCGACCACCGGCUCACGUGGAUUCCGGCUGCCAAGGCUGCUGCCACCAAGGUGCGGCGCGUCCAGGGCGCCAUCAGCAGGCUGCAGCUGUGUGGCCGCGGCUGCUACACCAAGUGGGCCCUCCAGCUCAACCAGGCUGUGGCGUCCUCGGUCCUCCUGUACGCCUUCCCACUGGUGAACCUGACACUGGCCAGGAGAAGCCUGCUGGAGGUACUCCACAGGGGUGCACUGAGGUCCAUCCUGGCGCUUCCCAAAAGCUCGCCGGUGGCAGCGACUCUGGCAGAGGCGGGAGAGUGGCCUCUGACGUUGCGUAUGAUCCAACGUGCGCUGGGCCACAUUGACCGCCUUCAUCGCGCGACCGACGGCAGGGCCCUCCUGGAGCGUCUCCGCAGUCAGCCAAGAUCACGGAUGGGAGGCCUCUGCCUGCUGUACCACCAGAUGGUCCCGGAUCCACCAGUCCCGGUUACCUCUCCACCGCCUCACCACCAGCCACCGGAGGUCUACCUCUGCUUGGAAGGGGCAACCAAGCGACGGACGCCUGCGGUCGCACUGCAACAGGCUGCCUCCUGCAAGCUCCAGGAACAACUGGAGGGACGGCUGCAUGUGUUCAUGGACGGAUCUGUGAUGCCAGACGGGAACGCAUCGGGCGCAUGCGUAAUCCCGUCCAGAGCCAACAGCAGGCAGUGCGGGCUACCCUUCCCGGCGAGCUCCACGGCUGUGGAACUGGCUGGACUCCAUCUCGCGGUAGACCUGUUGGCCGAGGACAUCCCCCUUGAGCCAGCCGCGGUCCUGUGUGACAGCAAGGCGGCCCUGCAGACCCUGGCCAACUCCCGCCGUGCCGGGCUGACGACCUGCCUCCUGACAGCCAAGGUUCGGGCCCUCCACGACGCCGGGGUGCCCGUCUCCUUCCACUGGCUGCCCUCCCAAGUGGGCAUCGCUGGAAAUGAGAAGGCGGGCACACUCGCCAAGGCUGCCCUCCAGCCUGGUAACCCCUACUCCUGUGCCGUGGCGGCCAGGGACUAUUCGCAGGCCCGUCUCAAGAGGCUCCUUGUCACAGUCCACCCAGACUCGAGGGUGGCCAGCGGGCGAGGACCAAAGCCUCUCUCAGAGACGGGCCACACCAGUAGAGAACGGGCCUCCCUGUUGCGACUGCGGACGAGCUGCAUGUGGACAGCGGCCCGCCGCUACGCCAACGGCCUCUGUCUCUCCCCGUCCUGCAGCCGCUUCGGAGACCCAAAGACCCUCGAACACCUCCUCUCUGCAUGCCCUGGCUUAGCACAGGGACGCUUGAAGGCCUACGCGGCCUACAGGAGACAGGGUCUGCCCGUCUCCAUCCUGGAACACCUGCUGUUCCCGUCUCGUCCACAUCCAGCAGCACUCCGAAGCCUGGCGGAGUUCCUGGAGGAGUCAAGAAUCGCUGCCUACAGCUGA